UUCUCUUUUCAUUGGGUAACCACGAGUCCAGGAAAUAACUCUGUGUCCUUAGGAUCUCAGCACUGGCCAGGUAUAUAAAGGGACCCGACCCAGAGGGGACAUCACACCUGAGAACACCCAACCGCUCUCUACUCCUCAGCCCCACUCCAGCCCAGACACCACCAUGACCGGCUCCUGCUGCGGAUCCUUCUCCUCCCAGAGCUGUGGAGGCUGCUGCCAGCCCUGCUGCUACCGAGACCCCUGCUGCUGCCGCCCAGUGUCCUGCCAGACCACAGUGUGCCGCCCCGUGACCUGUGUGCCACACUUCACCAGGCCCAUCUGCGAGCCCUGCCGCCGCCCCAUCUGCUGUGACCCCUGCAGCCUGCAGCAGGGCUGCUGUCGCCCCAUCACCUGCUGCCCCAGCUCUUGCACAGCUGUGGUCUGCAGACCCUGCUGCUGGACCUCCACCAGCUGCCAGCCCAUUUCUGUGCAGGCUCCCUGCUGCAGGCCCCCCUGCUGCCAGCCUGCUCCCUGCCGUACCACCUGCAGGACCUCCCCCUGCAACACCUGCUGCUGAGCCAUCUAAUAUACAGCUUUGCCAGAUGAACAGAACUCUUCCUACUCCUGCUGGAGCAGAUAAGAGGGUUCAGAUGGGAGAUAUCUUCAGCAUGAUAUUUUUAGUCUGUGG